GCCAGCCCCAGCUGGGCCCCCGGCCCCCACCACUUGCCUCCUUGUUGGGCAGCUCCCCUUGGCUUUUGGGCCUCUCCCUGCUCCUCUCGGCCCCUCCUUCUGGGCCGCCUCAAUGAAGGAGCCAGAUGCCAUCAAGCUGUUUGUGGGGCAGAUCCCGAGACAUCUGGAGGAAAAGGACCUGAAGCCCAUCUUCGAACAGUUUGGUCGGAUCUUUGAGCUGACUGUCAUCAAGGACAAGUACACGGGGCUGCACAAGGGAUGUGCCUUCCUGACAUACUGUGCCCGCGAUUCAGCCCUGAAGGCCCAGAGUGCCCUGCACGAACAGAAGACACUUCCAGGGAUGAACAGGCCGAUUCAGGUCAAGCCCGCCGACAGCGAGAGCCGAGGAGAAGACCGGAAGCUCUUCGUGGGGAUGCUCGGGAAGCAGCAGACAGAUGAGGACGUCCGGAAGAUGUUCGAGCCUUUUGGGACCAUAGACGAGUGCACUGUGCUCCGGGGGCCGGACGGCACCAGCAAAGGCUGUGCCUUUGUGAAGUUCCAGACCCACGCAGAGGCCCAGGCGGCCAUCAACACCCUUCACAGCAGCCGGACCCUGCCGGGUGCCUCGUCCAGUCUGGUGGUGAAGUUCGCUGACACAGAGAAGGAGCGAGGUCUCCGCCGGAUGCAGCAAGUGGCCACCCAGCUUGGCAUGUUCAGCCCUAUUGCCCUCCAGUUUGGAGCCUACAGCGCCUACACCCAGGCCCUGAUGCAGCAGCAGGCAGCCCUGGUGGCGGCUCACAGUGCCUACCUCAGCCCCAUGGCCACCAUGGCCGCUGUGCAGAUGCAGCACAUGGCUGCCAUCAACGCCAAUGGCCUCAUCGCCACCCCCAUCACUCCAUCCUCAGGAACCAGCACCCCUCCUGCCAUCGCUGCCACGCCUGUCUCUGCCAUCCCUGCUGCCCUGGGUGUCAACGGCUACAGCCCAGUGCCCACCCAGCCCACUGGGCAGCCUGCCCCUGAUGCUUUGUAUCCCAAUGGGGUUCACCCCUACCCAGCCCAGAGUGCCGCAGCCCCCGUGGACCCCCUGCAGCAGGCCUACGCGGGGAUGCAGCACUACACAGCCUACCCCGCAGCCUACAGCCUGGUUGCACCCGCGUUCCCGCAGCCCCCAGCCUUGGUUGCCCAGCAGCCCCCCCCACCUCCACAGCAGCAGCAGCAGCAGCAGCAGCAACAGCAGCAACAGCAGCAGCAGCAGCAGCAACAACAACAGCAGCAGCAAAGAGAAGGCCCUGACGGCUGCAACAUCUUUAUCUACCACCUGCCCCAGGAGUUUACUGACUCAGAGAUCCUUCAGAUGUUUGUCCCCUUUGGCCACGUCAUCUCAGCCAAGGUCUUUGUGGACCGGGCUACCAAUCAGAGCAAAUGUUUUGGCUUUGUGAGUUUUGACAAUCCGGCCAGUGCCCAAGCUGCCAUCCAGGCCAUGAACGGUUUCCAGAUCGGCAUGAAGCGCCUCAAAGUCCAGUUAAAACGGCCUAAGGAUGCCAACCGGCCCUACUGAGGGCUCCCAGGUCUGGAGAUCCCAGAGGAAGAGGCACCUUAUACCCUCUUCCCCCAACUGGCCCCUGCCCUCUCUGCACAUCUGCCCUAGGCUUUGAUUGGGCUCUGGGGCAAAAGCUGCUUCAUGGCCCUGGGGGCACAGGACACUGGCCAACUCCUAGCACCCUGCCUUUCUGCAGGGCUAUGGCUAUGCUUCCCUGGCUCCAAGGGCCUGUUUCCUCCCAGGUGCCCUUUUGGCCUUUGUGAAGGAGCUAGGAACAGGCUUGCAGGUUCUGGGGUAUCUGCCUUCUGCUAGGGCUCCUGUGAUGGGCCUUCUGCACCCAGUGUUUGUACUUGCCUCCCCCACCAGCCAGCCUGUUCUACCUGUACAGGCCCUGGGAGGACAGUGGAAGCCUCCACACACUCCCAUCCCCUUGCUCCCAAGAGGGCUGCCAGAGGCUGGCUCUCAUAUUCCCUUCCACCCUCAGCUAGAGGUAGGAUAUCCCUGAAUCCCGGGCUGCCAGCCCUAAAACUCACUGCCUCCCCCAAGGGCCCCCUCUAAGGAGGGUGUGGGGGAGCCCUGAGGGCUGCCUUUCCACCAGUCAGCCACAGAGACCCUUCUCCUUUCAUGAGGAAAAGACCUCCCCCUGAGCCCCUAAAAAUGUUUACAGUCUCUGCUGGUCUCCUCCGUGUAAAUGCCACUGCCACCCGUGUGCUAUCCAGCCCGCCCACCUGGCCGGAAGCUGCCGUCUCUCUCUUUCUGGGAGUUUAGACAAUGUUGUCCUUGGAUUUUUUCUCUCUCUCUUGAUUUCUCCCUUUCCUAUGGGGGCUAACUGGGCAUUUGGGAGGAGGGAUGUGGGGAGGGAUAAAGGGGUUUAUUACCUGAUCUAGAGGUUUUAGGGACAAGAAAAUGGGGUGGGGGUGGGA